UACAAACAGCAAGACAAUCGGCCAAGUCUUCGAAUUUGGCACAACUGAAUCUCUCGCGGCCAUGGCACGGAACAGCGUCCCGGUGCUCGAGGAGGCGCGGCCGCCCGAGGACGCGGGCAACAACCGCGGCAACUUUACGCGCAACCUCGCCAAGGAGGAGGACAGCGCCAUUGCGCGCAAGAUGUUCUUCGGCGGCCUCGCCUUUCUGCCGUGGCUCUGGGCGGUCAACGCCUUCUUCUACCGCCGCCAGCUUCUGGACGCGACAGUCGACCCGACGACGACGCUGUGGGUGCGCCGGUCGGCCGUUGGCUUUGUCGUCGUCACGUGCGUCUUUGUGGCGUGGAUGGUCACGUUCCAGUUGACGUGGAAGCAAAACAAUUGGCAAAGUCUCCUCCUCGUCGUGCCCGCCGAAGACUUGGACAAGGGCUGGUAGGCAGCGCUGGUCGUAUAACGGAAAUCCACUCUCUUUUGUAU